AAAGACUUCUGCAUCAUCACGCCGUACGACGCUCAGCGAGCUGAGAUCGCAAGGCAUCUCAGAGCGGAGGGCCUCCAGUGGGACAAAGUGUUUAACGUCGACAGCUUCCAGGGGCAUGAAGCCCAAUACGUCGUAAUCUCUGCUGUACGCACCGCGGCACCUGGCUUCCUUCGCUCGCGCAAUCGCGCGAACGUCAUGCUCACACGUUGCAAGCGCGGCAUGGUCCUUGUCUCCAAGCGGGACUUCCUCAUUGGCCCAGGGCGGACUACCCUGCUCGGGGAGCUGGCACAACGGUGGAAUCGCGGUGCGUGG